UCUUUUUAAAAUUAGUGGGUGCGUCUUCUAUUCAGGUGCGCUCAAUAGUCCGGAAAUUACGGUACAUGUUUUUGUUUCCCUUAACAGAGAAACCCAAGGCCACACUUACACCAGGCUCAACAAUCAUACCAGCAGGGGGCAGUGUGACACUGACCUGCUCUGUGAACCCAUCACCUGGUUGGAAAUACUUCCUGUACAGAGACAAUAAACUCUCUGAACCCCUGACCACACAUGAUGCUGCUUUUCAAACAACUGGAAGAACCAGUGUCUCACAGGAAGGACUCUACAGGUGCAGAGGAGGAAGAGGAGACCCAGUUUACUACACAGAGUACAGUCACUCAGUUAGCAUUGACAUUGCUGUGUCAAACAGAGCUGUUGUGAUUCUGCAACCCAACGUCUCUGAGAUAUACAGAGGAGAGACGAUCACUGUCAGAUGUGAGAUCCAGGGAGGAGGAGACACUGAGUGGGAGUAUAAAUGGAAAACACCCACCUCAUUCAAACCUUCAAAUCAACAUGAACACAGGAUCAGUCCUGCUUCAUCAUCCCACAGUGGAAACUACAGGUGUAAGGGCAGAGUGAAAAGUUCACAACAUAGAACAACAGAGUGGAGUUCUUCAGUCAGACUGACAGUGUAUGACAAUAAACCUCAGCCUGUCCUCACUGUGUCUCCAUCAUGGCUGAGUCCUGGAGCCUCAGUAACUCUGAACUGUGAGGUUGAACAUCCAUCUGCAGGAUGGAGGUUCUACUGGUAUAAGACUGUUCCUGAUCUGUCACACAACUCCUACAGCUAUAAGCUGUUACCUGUUAACAGCAGAGGGACUGAACAGGAUUCCUACAUCGUUCAUGGUCAGACACACACAGCAGGAUAUGUGUGUAGAGCUGGAAGAGGAGAUCCAGUGUUUUACACUGAGAAUAGUGAACCAAAGUUUGUCUGGUCUGGAGAUCUUCAUCCAGCAGCGUCUCUCACAGUGAAUCCUGACAGAGUGCAGCACUUCACCUUUGUCUCUGUCUCACUGAGCUGUGAGGGAAACUCUACUGAGUGGAGAGUGAAGAGGUUUAAUGAACAUGGCUACCAGUCACACUGCUCUGACUGGAGGAGAAUGACUGGAUCCAUAUGUAAAGUCUAUCUGUCCUCGCCCAUUAAUGCAGUGUACUGGUGUGAGUCUGGAUCAGGAGAAUUCAGCAACGCAGUCAACAUCACUGUACAGAGUGAUUAUCAUGGUAUUAUCCUGGUGAGCCCCGUCCAUCCUGUGACUGAGGGAAAGUCUGUUAGUCUUGGCUGCAGAACUGAAGAAAUGGAUGAAUGGAUGGAUUUAGAAGAAAAACUUUCCAGUGUGUUUUUCUAUCACAAUGACAAACUCAUCCAAAGUGACACCAGACAGGAGCUGAAUAUCUCUGCAGUGUCAAAGUCAGAUGAAGGUUUCUACAAGUGUCAGUGGUCAGGAAGAAAGUCAGCACAGAGCUGGAUGUCAGUUAAAGUAGCUGUACUGGAACCUAAGAGCUCUUCAUUCCCUGUGUCACUGGUCGUUGGGCUGGUUUGUGGAAUCACACUUAUUAUUCUCCUGCUCCUGUUGUAUCACUACAGACAGGAUUUGUGCUGUAUCAGGCUGAUUCAGUCAAAGAGGAGCAGUCGGAGCUCCACUGCUAAUCACAGAGUCAACCAGAAUGAAACUCUACGUAAUCAGUACUCUGUUGUCCAAGGUGAUGUUUCUGUCUAUGAUACAAUCAGAGACUCUGGAGAUGCUGAACAUGGUGAUGCUGCCCUCUAUGAUUCAAUCAGAGACUCUGCUGAAAAUGGUGCAGGUGAAUCCAUGGAUGUCACAUACUCUGUCAUUGAACUUAAAAACACCGGGAAGAAGGGGAAGCGCUGUGAACCAGGGGAGAGCUCUGUUUACUCUGAUGUGAAGAUUGGAGCUACAGACAACAGUCCCAUGUACGCCCAGGUGACCAGGCACGAUAAAGGCAAACGCAAGAAAAAGAAAGCAGAAUCUACUCCUGCUGCAACUGAUGAAGCUGUUUAUUCUCAAGUGAAUCCAGGAACAUCUUCUGGUCUGUGAGGAGCUGUAUCGAGAAAUAGUUGACAGAUUUUUAGCACAAAGCAGAAGACUACUGAGUUAUUAUCUUUAAUGUUUUUACAGUUUUUUGUCAUUUAGUUUUUGUGGGAUACUUUGAAUGCAGGUUGUUCUAAAAAGCAGCAACAGUCUGAUACAGUGUAUUUAGUUUUAGUGCAGGUGAUUGUGCAGCUUUAAAGUCGGUCAAGCUCUAGGAGAGGCACCAGCAAUUACUCUCACUGUAUGUACAAUAUGUGAUGAUAUUUUACUAACAUAUUUUGUUAAAUGCCCUGUAAGUGUUUUUUAAAUUGAUACUGUAUUUAUUUUAUUUUCACUUAUUUUCACCUUUGUUUUGUAUUUUUAAAGGCUGUCAAAGUUUGAUCAUUUUAUGCAUCAAUGUUUUUCUUCCUUCCUUGACAAAAAGUUGUACUCUGUGGAUUAUUCCAAAUAAUCAAGACAUUAGUUCCAGUUUUUGAUUCCGUUCAGAGACAGACAUUUUACAACCUUAACACAAAACAAGUGUCUUCAUGAUAAAAUACCACUAGAUGUCAGUGUAGUUAAGGUUUUGCAUCAUGAGGUUAACAGCAGAGGAAGCCAGUAGAAACAGACACAGAGCACAGUAUUGAAGGUGAAGUGUAUAUCACUGUAUAUCCUUAAUGUAAAAAACAGACAGCAGCAGAGACAGUUGUAUUUAAACUAGUCAGUAAAUAGAGCUGUUUAGUAGCUGUUGUGUUUAUUUAAAUGCACUGUGAAUGUGUGUGUAUGAAUUUCUGCUACUUCAACAACAGAAAUAAAUAAAAUGCUAAGUGAAUUAACA